AUGAGACAGAGUAAGCGGGACGUCGGCUGGUUUUGCCAUGAAGUUCCCCUGCGUAAGCACACGGGUCCCGCGCCUGCGCCGCCCAUUUCGCAGAUUCCGCUCAUGGGCCUAAUGCCUGAACCCAAAGAAGGCCCACCGGAGGUGCUGCCCAAAUUUCGUCCUACUGAUACACCCUACAUCCAACUCUCCAGGAUGGGUGGCCGCAAGGACCUGCUGUGUUUCCGAGAAAAUCCACCAGAUCGCGGCUAUGUGGAAAUGCCGCCACGCUGUCAGUGGUUCUACCUCGAGGACAACAAUCUUGCUGACCAGACUGGGAGAGAGAAGAAGGAGCCGUACGUCUUCAAGGUGCCCUGCUACAUGACUUCCAUGUCACGGCCGACAGCGAAGCCACCCUCACCGCCACUACAGGAGGCGCCACCACUGCCAAAAAAGAACAAGAUAAAGAAGGGAAAGUUACCGGAUCAAAGACCCGGUUAUGCCGAGUACAAUAAACGGCUGAAUAAGGUUGGAAUAGCUCGACGUGAAUAUGUAACCCCGAGUUGUGUAGGAUUUCCAAAGGUACGUUUGGACGACUUUUUUUUCUCGUGA